AUGCUACAAUCACUGAAUAUAAUAUCUGGUAUCGUUGUUGCUGAACCAAAUCUAUUUUUUCAUAUUAAACAUAUCAGUUAUUUGUCAAUCAGAAUCGAUGGUCAUAAACAAUCUUUGGAAUCACUUGGUCAAGAAUUAUUGGAUUUAAAAACGUUUACACUAUUUAAUAGUAAUGUUGGAAAUAUUAAUAUUUCAACAUUUGAUAAUUUUCCAUCAGGAUUAACACAACUUAUAUUUUCAAAAUCUCAAUCAUUUGCUGGAUUAAAUAAUCUUGAAAAUCUUAAAAUUAUGUAUGAAAAAAUCACAGACAUUGAUAGCGACACAUUUAGAAAUCUCAAGUCAUUAAAAAAUCUCACACUUAGUCAUAAUAAAAUUUAUGAUAUCUAUGAUAAAGCAUUUCAUGGAUUGAAUUUACAAUUAUUGGAUUUAAAAUACAACAAGUUGACAGCCAUUAAAAAGGAAAUGUUUUCUGGACUUAAAUGUAAAGUAUUGGAUCUUUCAAUGAAUGAAAUUAGUCUUAUUGAAUCAAAUUCAUUUAAAAAUAUGAUUUGCCAAUUAAUAUUCGUCACGAGUUUGAAUAUUCAAGGGGGUGACAAAAAUUAUUGGGGACUUUCAAAUGCAACGGAAAUCAUCAAACUUUGA